CUUUCUGUGUGCGGUUGGUUGUUUCAUUGACUACAGAUACGUUUCACUACCUUUGUGAUAUUUAGAUGACAGAGAGAUACAGGGUGGGGCGAAGAUGCGACCAGAUCUGGACCUGAUGACAGCUGGCGGCUCAGUGCAGAAAUAGUGGCAAGAUCAAGGUUGCGGUCCGCGCGAUGCGAGCACGAUCUCUCGUGUUGUCCGUGUUCGUGUCCGUGUUGUGCGUGUUGUGCGUGAGUGACACGCGUGCGUACUACGUGAGGUACCUGAACGUGACAGCCAACACGCUGUUGGACAACAAGAGACUGCUGUCUAGGUAUGUGCAGUGCUUUGCUAGUGAAGGGCCGUGUCCACCACAGGCGAGAGAUAUUAAGAAGCUUCUUCCUGAACUGAUGUCUUCAAGCUGUUCCAAGUGUGAUAUAAAGUUGCGAGAGGUGUUUGAACGCUGCGCUCAAAUGCUCAAACACAAAUACCCCAAGAAGUGGUCCAAGAUGGUCAAGUCUAAGCCAAAGUCUCCAAACGCUAUAUAACUUUA